CAAUCGCACUGGUUAAAAUCGAUAACGUUCUUGCCAAAAUCCAGCCUAUCGAUAACCGGCGAUUGUCUAAUUAGAGUAAAAUAUUAAACACAAAAGAUUGUUUUUAAUACGGAAUUAGCCAAGUCGGGGAAAAACAAUAUCAUUUAAUUGCGAAAAAAGAGUGCGCAGUUCUUGGAACAACAAUUGCGUGGCGUGGCGACACGAGUGCGAGCGAGAGGGCCGAUGAGGUAGUGGCCAAACCGAUUGCUCCGGUUUCUUUUUGCGAGUAAAAACGCCUAUUUGGAGGACACUGCGUGCUCCGCUACGAUGGCCAGCGAGCCGGAGAACAAGCCACCCAUCCUGCACAUCCUGGUGGUGGGCUUCCACCACAAGCUGGGCUGCCAGGUGGAGUUCUCGCACCCGCCCCUAAUCUCGGGCUCCACGGGACGCCACGAGUGUCCCUCCGGCUGGAAGUACUUGCCCACCCUGGCCCUGCCGGAUGGCUCGCACAACUUUGCCGAGGACACGGUCUUCUUCAACCUGCCCAGUUUGUAUGAGCCGGCGGCGAGUAUCUACGGAGUGUCCUGCUAUCGGCAAAUACCAGUGGAGAAGCUGAAGAUCCGGACGGCGGACGUCACCCGGAGCACCGUCCAGAAGUCCGUGUGCAUCCUGGCCCGCCUGCCCAUCUACGGGUACAUUGAGGUCAAGCUGGCCCUCAUCGCCGACGCCUUCUUCGAUCAGGGCGACUUCUCCUGCACGGAAUUGCUGGUCAAGGCGUAUCAGCAGCUGAAUGCCUGCCUCCAGGACGACGAGUCCCGUCGCCCGCUGCGUCACUUUCAUGUGGGCCUGUCGCUGCGGGAAAUAGUGCUCCACUGGCGCCACAAGUCGCUCAUGCUGUUCAAACUCCUGCUCCUGCAGCGACGAGUGGUGUGCUUCGGUUCGCCCGUGCGUCAAAUGUGCGUCCUGAUACUGGGCAUGGCGUCGCUGGUGCCGCGGCUGCUGGAGAAGGGCUUCCAGGAGGUGGCCUGUGUACGCACCUCGCGACCUCUGUCGCCCAUGCCGGACUUCACCGACUCGCUGCAGCGGGAGGCCCUGGCGGAGGCCGAACUGGAGGCGGUGGGUUCCGUCGGCGGAGCUGGCCACGAGGAGCAGAAGCUCACGCCGGAGAGCGCCACAGCGACGGAGGGCGAGGCCGAGGAGCUGGCCCUCGUCUCGUCCGCAGCCUCUGCCGGUGAGGAGCAGGCCAGCAGCGAUGACACCUCGCCGCGGUCCACACCCAACUCACAGUCGCAGGACUCGUCGAACGGCAGGAACAGCUCGCUGACCAGGGAGGCCAGCGUGGACACACUGGCGUCCAACCUCGCCGCCCUGUGCGCAGUGAAUCCGGAUGAGUAUCGGGCACCGGUCAGCAUCUUCGCCAGCGGGAAUCUCUGCCUGCCGUAUCUGUCGCUGCCGUACAUGGACCUGCUCAGCGAUCCCAUGGUGCUCUCCUAUGUCAUCGGCACCUCCAACGUGCUGUUCCAGCAGAAGCGUCAGCUGGCUGACGUGCUGGUGGACAUCGAGGCGGCAAAUCUGGAUGCCCACGACCCGGAGGUGAGGCGUCAGCUAGUGCUGAGCACCGAGGACCUGCGCUACAUGGACUACAUCAUGAAGCACGUGCAAUCGCCCAAGGAGGAUGCUGAGGGCAGCGAGUACUGGAUCCGGGAGCAGUUCCAGGGCUACAUCCUGGCCCUCUUGCGGACUGCGGUGGCUCCAGAUGCCACGCCCAAGGACAACGAUCAUUUUAAUGCACAUUUCAUGGGCGCCUUCAAGCGAACCCAAUGCUUCCAGGAGUGGUACGAUGUGAGGCCCGAACCGGAGUUCUUUGAGGCCCUGCCCGCCGGUCAUCCCUUUGCCGGCACUUUGUCCGUGGCGGACAUGAAACUUAAACUAGCACAGACCAUGCAGAACAGCGAAAGUGGGCGGAAGAUCAACCAGGCGGUGAACACCACGAGUCGGGCGGUCGGAGGGGCCAUCUCCCAGGCCAAGGGCGCCUUCUCCACCUGGUGGUCGUCCAUCACGACGGCGCCAGCAAAUGCAAACGCUGGGCCCACGACCGCUGCCAAUGGGCAGGAGGUCGACGCGAGCGAGGGAGCUGCAGCCCAAGAGAUCUCAGUUACAUUCCAGAACCACAAGGACGUUGAGGACCUGGACGUGGCGGGAGUCAGCAUCCACCUAGCUGGCCAGGACGAGGCACACGAGUCGUACGAUUCCCUCAACGCGAUCAGCGAGCAGCAGCAGGGCAUCGUUGAGAUCGGACGCGAGGCGGAGCUGCUCGACAAAGCCAAUCAGCCGGAGGAACCCAAGAUCUCGGCCGCAACACAAGCCGGUCGGCCCGGCUGUGGCGGCGAUGUGGCCACCUCCGCCGUGGAGCGCAGCAGUGGCGAUGUCUUCAUUGUCUGAGGACGUCAGCCCCAUUGGACAUUGUAUAAAAUCGAACUAAGCUAAAUGAUAAUUAUUUAUUACGCAACAAAUGUCUCGGUCUCAAUGUGGAAUUUAUAACUACUUCUCGUACUCUCACUUUUUUGUACCUAUAUUGUGGAGCAGGUCGACUUGUAGGGAUAAUAAUCUCGGAACAAUUUAAAGCCAUAUUUCUUAAUCACUUAAGAAUUCAAAAAAAAAAAUGAGAAAAAUAAUUGCAUACACAUGAAACAUUAAAAUCCGUAAUUUGAAAAUCAAAUAUUGUUUAGUUCUCAUGCAAUUUUCAGUUGUAUAUAUAUAAUAAUUUUAUGUUAUAUAAUUAAAAUACAUUUUGCAACAAAUUCUGUUCAAUAUAUGUAUUACUAAAGUGUAGUUUAAAUUGGACUAAUUUAUAUGCUUAAAAUGGCUUUGAAUUAGUUUUACUUUGACACAAGUCGAUCAUGCCCCAACUUACACCCAAUUGGCCAAAAGAUAAUAUUAUUUAAUAUUUAUAUAUAAAUAUAUGCCUACGCUUAAGUUAUCCUUGCCGUCUUCACCCACCACUCAGUGUAUAUGUGUAACCAUGUAAAGCUAAACCGUUCCAAGUGCAAUUUGUAAUCCAAAAAGACAACGGAGAUCCCUAACAAAAGCAUAAAUCGUGUGGCAAUAAGCAACUUAAAGAAAUCUGAUAUUGGGACUGGAUAGAGUCUCCCUCUUUGUCCAGGGUCCGCCGUGUCCAACUCUAUUUACCUUAUCCAAAUGUAACCCAAAAUAAAUACAUUUCAUAAUGCA